AUGACUACUAAGUACGACCAAUAUACAGAGGGUCUGACUCUCGUGCAAGACUAUGUUGAUCAUGUCAGAGGCAAAACCUUUCUGUUGACGGGACCUAGUAAAGGAGGCAUCGGUGCUGAGACAGCAAUCUCGUUGGCCCAUGGCGGACCAGCAAUAAUUAUACUGCUUGGGCGUUCGCUCGAGAAGAUCCAGCCCAUCAUCGACUCAAUCAAGCAAAUCAAUAGCAGUGUCAAUGUCAAGUACAUCGAGCUAGACCUCGCUUCCCUCCGAAGCACAAGAAAAGCAGCACAAACGAUUUUGGCCGACGAAGAAAUUGACCACAUUGACGUCGUCAUCAACAACGCUGCCGUGAUGGCAUGCCCUUAUCAGAAGACCGAAGACGGCUUCGAGCUUCAGUUGGCGGCCAACCAUCUAGGCCACUUUGCCCUCACCAACACGAUUAUGCCCAAGAUCAUGGCUGCGGGGUCGGGAGCACGAGUAGUGUUUGUUAGCAGCAAUGGACAUCGCUUCAACCCCUUCCGUUUCUUUGACCCCAACUACGAUACGCCUGGGUCGUACCAUGAGGUCGGUGCCUAUGGAUCAUCCAAGUCUGCCAUGAUCCUAUUCGCUGUUGCUCUGAACCAGCGACUCGCAUCUCGCGGCAUUAAAGCAUAUGCGUUGAAUCCAGGAAGCAUCAGCACAAACCUGCAGGCACAUAUGGUACCGAGUGCUGCCACUGCACAUAUGUGGGACGAUGGCUGCUGGCGCAUUCUGGGUAUGUCGAUGGCGAAAUACAGAGAGACGCGCCCUCUAAAGACACUCCAGCAGGGUUGUGCAACGACGCUUCGAGCGGCACUGGAUCCGGACUUGGUCAAUCAAGAUGGUGUCUACCUGGAGGACACGAAUCUUACGACGGAUACCAGACUGGUUAAGGAAUGGGCGACAGACCCAGAACUUGCAGAGAAAUGCUGGGUGCUGAGCGAAGAGCUCGUUGGUCAGAAAUUUGACAUUUCAGACAUCGCUUGA